UUAGUUCAUUCUUAAGAAUAAAAUAAAUUCAGUUAAUAGGCCACUGGAUCGAUGCCCUGUUCACUCUCGUUUUACUUGAAAAAACUGCGCAGGCAACAAGGAGAGGGAGAUAACGAGUACUCUUGAAGGGGAUGGGAAAGGCAUUUCUGAAAAAAAUGAUUUCGUGUACCCUUGGCAAGAGUUGCAGAGGCCAAGAAUACCAGAAUCUUGUCUGAGUUACUAAAAAAGUUGACAAUUGAGAAGUCAUUGCUUUUAUUUUAACAAGAUGGUGCACAUCUUCAGAAUGUUAUUUAUAUGGUUCUUACUCUUAUCAUACUUGAGGAACUCCACUUCAUCGGACAAUUUAGCAGUUAGUCAAUAUAUCAGAGAUGGGGAGACAUUAGUUUCAGAAGAAGGAACAUUUGAAGUGGGUUUCUUUAGCCCUGGAGCUUCAACAGGACGAUACUUGGGGAUAUGGUACAGAAAUCUAUCUCCAUUAACAGUGGUCUGGGUGGCUAACCGAGAAAAUGCACUUCAAAAUAAGUCAGGAGUUUUAAAGCUUGAUGAAAAGGGUGUUCUUGUGAUUCUCAAUGGCACCAACAAUACAAUUUGGUGGUCAAACAACACAUCAAGCAAAGCAGCAAAGAAUCCUAUUGCACAGAUCUUAGACUCUGGAAAUAUUGUGGUGAGAAAUGAACGGGAUAUAAACGAGGACAACUUUUUUUGGCAGAGUUUUGAUUAUCCGUGUGACACAUUUUUGCCAGGAAUGAAAAUUGGAUGGAAAACUGGUCUAGAUAGAACUCUAUCAUCUUGGAAAAAUGAAGAUGAUCCUGCUAAGGGAGAAUAUUCGAUGAAACUUGAUCUUAGAGGAUAUCCACAAUUUUUUGGAUACAAGGGAGAUGUAAUAACAUUUAGAGGAGGCUCAUGGAACGGACAGGCUUUGGUGGGUUAUCCAAUUCGUCCACCCACACAACAAUAUGUAUAUGAUUUUGUGUUUAAUGAAAAGGAAGUGUAUGUUGAGUAUAAGACCCCUGAUAGAUCGAUUUUCAUCAUAAUUACAUUGACCCCUUCAGGGUCUGGGUUUGGAAACGUUCUCCUAUGGACAAAGCAAACACGGAAUAUAGAAGUUCUGAGGCUUGGUGAGUCAGAUCAGUGUGAAAAUUAUGCUAUAUGUGGUGCAAAUUCUAUUUGUAAUAUGGAUGGUAACUCUCAGACAUGUGAUUGCAUCAAAGGAUAUGUUCCAAAGUUCCCUGAACAAAGGAAUGUAUCAUAUUUGCAUAAUGGCUGUGUUCCUAGGAAUAAAUUUGAUUGUAAAAGCAGCAACACUGAUGGCUUCUUGAGAUACACGGACUUGAAAUUGCCAGAUACAUCUUCAUCAUGGUUAAAUAAGACCAUGAACCUUGACGAAUGUCAGAAGUCUUGUCUGAAAAAUUGUUCUUGUAAAGCAUAUGCAAAUGCGGAUAUUCGUAACGGAGGAAGUGGCUGUUUACUUUGGUUUGAUGAUCUGAUUGACAUGAGAAAAUUCUCUUUAGGUGGACAAGACAUUUAUUUCAGAGUCCCUGCUUCAGAGCUAGAUCAUGUUGCAGUCAAUGGCCAUGGAAAAAACAUGAAAAAGAUGUUAGGAAUCACAGUUGGUACGAUUAUUCUUGGAUUAACUGCAUGUGCUUGCAUAAUAAUGAUACUCAAAAUGCAAGGAAGAAUAAUUUAUAGGAAGCAUUUCAAACAUAAACUGAGAAAGGAAGGCAUUGAUUUGUCAACAUUUGAUUUUCUAAUCAUAGCAAGAGCCACUGAAAACUUCGCAGAGAGUAACAAAUUGGGAGAAGGUGGCUUUGGACCUGUGUACAAGGGAAGACUGAAGGAUGGGCAAGAGUUUGCUGUGAAAAGGCUUUCAAAGAAGUCAGGUCAAGGGUUGGAGGAGUUCAAAAAUGAAGUUGUGUUGAUUGCCAAACUUCAACACCGUAAUCUUGUCAAGCUCAUAGGUUGCUGCAUUGAAGGAAAUGAAAGAAUGUUGAUCUAUGAAUACAUGCCAAAUAAAAGCUUAGACAACUUUAUUUUUCAUGAAACUCAAAGGAAUUUGGUAGAUUGGCCUAAGCGAUUCAACAUUAUUUGUGGCAUUGCUCGAGGACUUCUUUAUCUUCAUCAAGACUCAAGAUUGAGGAUUGUACAUAGAGAUUUGAAAACCAGCAAUAUUUUACUGGAUGCAAAUUUAGAUCCUAAAAUAUCAGAUUUUGGCUUAGCUCGAACAUUAUGGGGAGAUCAAGUCGAGGCAAACACGAAUAGGGUGGCUGGAACAUAUGGUUACAUGCCUCCUGAGUAUGCUGCUCGUGGGCAUUUCUCAAUGAAAUCCGAUGUCUUUAGUUAUGGGGUGAUACUGUUAGAGAUUGUAAGUGGCCAAAGGAACAGAGAAUUUUCAGACCCAAAACACAACCUUAAUCUUCUUGGAUAUGCAUGGAGAUUGUGGACUGAAGAGAGGGCAUUGGAACUACUGGAAGGAGUGCUAAGGGAAAGACUCACACCUUCUGAAGUCAUACGAUGUAUACAGGUGGGUUUGUUAUGCGUGCAACAAAGACCCGAAGAUAGGCCAGAUAUGUCAUCAGUGGUUCUAAUGCUGAAUGGUGAAAAAUUAUUGCCCAACCCUAACGUUCCAGGUUUCUACACAGAAAGAGCCGUUACCCCUGAAUCAGAUAUUAAACCCUCUAGUAAUCAACUUUCAAUCACAUUGUUAGAAGCAAGAUAGAAUAUGAAGUAAACAAGGCAACAAAAAUACACAAGGUUUUCCUUCCAAUCCGGGAUAAAUGAGAUUUUCUGUUAUCAACUUUUGUUUUAUCUCUCUUUCAUUUAUCCAGAAACACAUAUAAGUUGAAAUACUUUUUUGUAGACAUGAAUGUUAAAAUGCCAUUUGAAUGAUUAUGAUUGUGAAAACUUUUCUGGUUUUUGAAAUUAGAUAAUUCGGAUCAUGACAUUAAAUUAUUUUGAGGAAUAUGACAUCAAUGUUCAUGGAGUG